CCUACUCACCACCAUGCCUCUUCCAGUCGCUCGCCUUAUAGAAGUUCUAUCAGAAUAUCCACACCUCACCCGCAAACUCGAAUUCGAUGACGUUGUGAAGUUCUCCGAACUGGUGUACCUUCUGAAGCUCCCACUGUCGUUACUCCAGUCCCCAUACGACCAGUCUUCCCUCCCAACCCCGCCCGUUUAUAUCCUGGACUUUAUUCGAGUCGCCCUAAGAUUGGAAAGGAAUGCUGUCAAGCUACUCUGGGAGGUGCUUCGCGAUGCUAUUUGGGACGAAGAGUGGGAUGAGGAGGUUCAUAGGCAGCUGGGCCACAGAUAUGUUCCGCUAUUCCUUGAGCAUGGCCAGUCUCGAAAUCUACCGUUCUUCUUCCUGCUACCACCCACCCGUGUGUGUCUCGACCCGAACUGCACACAGCCAGUCAAUCGAAGCAAGAAUGCGCUCCAUCGUCGUCGAGAGCUGACCGAGCCUUCCGAGUAUGAUGUUACCGUCUUCACGCACGACUUUGGGCCGGUCCCCGGUGCUCUUGUAUCACUGUACUGCAGGGGCUGUCAUACGCGAUACUAUCCCAAUUACUACGUUCACGACAAGGCAACAACCCGAACCUAUUACACCUCCCCUCCGCGGUAUAUUCAAUGCAAGGAACACUCGUUUGUCGAUCGAAAGACUUGCGAAAUCUUCUCAUCCAUGAUGGUCAAUGCUGGGGUGUCGGCGAGCAACUGUGCUCGAGUGUUCAACGACAGCAUUGCCAACAAGACUGUACAGGCCUUUCUGUCAUCAGCAUACCGCCUUGAACACAAGCUUGAUGCGGAAAGUGUCUGGGACGCUUUAUUCUUGUUCUGGUUGCUCGAAGACUCGGUGGAGAAUGACACAGUCCUCAAGCUCGACCACCAAGCACCAAGUCAGGCGGACCGCCUAAAUAAGGGUCUCUACGAGAGGAACUUACGCAUGGUUGGGACUGGGCAGGAGCACUGGAACCACGCCUGUGAUCUGUGCUCUUGGAUUAAGAAAUCGGAGGAUGGAGGGGAAGGUAUGUAUUUGGGUCUCGCCGUGUUGGCCCACAGCUAA